AGAGAUAGAAGGAAUUAAAAGAGAGAGAGAGAGAGAGAGAGAGAUGGAUUUUGAUUGUUGUGAAGGAGAGAUUCAGAUUCCAUAUAUUGAUCUUACAAAGGAUCUGUUGGAAUCGAAACAAGGGAGUACUGAAGAAUGGAAGGAAUUGUGUGGAAAAGUGAGAGAAGCAUGUGAAGAGUACGGAUGCUUUAUGGUGGGGUAUGAUGGGAUCCCUACAGAGCUACCUGAAGAGAUGUUCAUGGCCAUGAAGGAUUUGUUUGAACUUCCAUUGGAGACCAAACAGAAGAACACAAGUCCCCUACCUUACCGUGGGUAUAUUGGGAAUUCAGAGGUGGUUCCUCUGUUUGAGAGUCUUGGCCUCGAUGACGCCCACUGCCUCGACUCAGCUCAAGCUUUUACACAACUCAUGUGGCCCCAAGGAAAUCCGACUUUCAGCCAAACUGUGAACAGUAUGUGCGGAAAGAUGAAUGAGGUGGAACUACUGAUCCGGGGAAUGAUACUAGAGAGUUACGGUCUAUCGACAUACUUGGAUGCGUUUGUAGAGAUGGCCCACUCUACCUUUCGUAUGAUGAAAUAUAAACCACCGCCGGCAAGUGACGAUGUAGGCCUUGGCCUGGUAAGCCACACCGAUAAGGGUUUCAUAACAAUUCUGUGCCAAAAUCAAGUGAAGGGCUUCGAGUUACUCACAAAACAAGGGCAUUGGUACCAAUUAUCACCCGUGCAAGGCUCUUUCCUUGUUGUCAUCGGUGAGAUGCUCAAGGUGUGGAGCAAUGGGAAACUUCAUGCAGCGGAACACAGGGUAGUGAUGAGGGGAGACAGAGAGAGGUAUUCGUUCGCAUCGUUUUCAGCACCAAGGGAUGGGGCAGUGAUUGAGGUGGCCAAUGAGCUGGUGGACGACGACAACCCUCUUCUCUUCCGACCUAUCAAGUACAUCGAUUUCGUCAACUAUUUCAACUCCAACACCAGCAUCAGAAACGCCCUUCAAGUCUAUGCUGGCGUUUGAUCCCACCUCUCUCUCUCUCUCUCUCAUGGAUUAUUCUUCCUCAAUUACAUCAAUCUAAGUUAUAUAUAAUGUCUUUUGUGUUUGACC